AUGCCUCCAAAGCAGCAAUCAAAAUCCGAUGCGGCAAAGAAGCAAAAGAUCGUCGAAGAUAAAACUUUUGGUCUAAAAAACAAGAACAAGAGCAAAAACGUUCAAAAAUACGUCCAAAACCUCCAACAAGCCGUCCAGCCCAAACUAGACCCGAGUAAAAUCGCCGCGAAGAAAAAGAAAGAGGAAGAGAAAGCAAGAGAAAAGGAGCUGAAUGAUUUGUUUAAAGUUGCUGUUAGUCAACCUAAAGUGCCGGUCGGUGUCGAUCCCAAGUCUAUAUUAUGUGAAUUUUUCAAGGCAGGGCAGUGUGCUAAAGGUUUCAAGUGUAAGUUUUCACAUGAUUUGAAUGUUCAGAGGAAGGGUGAAAAGAUUGAUAUUUACAGUGAUAAGCGUGAUGAAGAAACCAUGGAGGAUUGGGAUCAAGAGACGCUGGAAAAGGUUGUGGAGUCAAAGAAGAUGGAAUAUAACCAGAACAAACCAACUGAUAUUGUUUGCAAAUACUUUCUGGAAGCAGUGGAGAAGAAACAAUAUGGCUGGUUUUGGGCUUGCCCAAAUGGGGGUAAAGACUGCCACUACAGACAUGCUCUUCCUCCAGGAUAUAUUUUAAAAUCUCAAAUGAAGGCGCUUCUUGAAGAAGAAGCCAACAAAAUUCCUAUUGAAGAAGAGAUUGAAAAUCAGCGUGCGAAAUUAACAGCCUCAACUCAAAUGAGUCCCGAUCUGUUUAUGCAAUGGAAGAAGAAAAAGGUGGAAGAAAGAGAGGCUGGCUUGGCUGCAAAACGAGCAGAAAGGGCUAAGAAUGAUAGGAUGAGUGGUCGGGAGCUUUUUCUCUCCGAUUCAAGUGUAUUUGUGGAUGAUGCUGAGGCAUAUGAAGAUUACCAGAGGGAAGAAGAACCUGAGGUUACUGAAGAGAAGGCCAAGGUCAAUUCAGCAGCAGGACCAAGUAUGUCAGCAAGGGCAGUUGCUGAUACAGAAGCGGCCCAACCUGAUGAGGAUGAAGAUGAUGACGAGCUGGAUAUGGAUGAGCUAAAUGAGCUUGAAGCAAGCUUGUCAAAAACAUCUAUUCAAAUCCACGAGCCAGGUAUUAAGGCUUCAUCAUGA